UAUCUUUUGGGGGGCCCCCGCCUAUCUGGUUGGAAAAUGCAUUUGUCCCUACUAUUGCAGGGGCGGGCCUUAGAGUUUCCACCAGAUCUGCCCAUCUUUUUUUUUUUUUUUUAAACCCCCUGGGGGGUUGUAGUGGUGGAUGUCUUGCAGUGUCAGGAGGGCUAAAACUGUGCAGUUUACUCGCCAGUCUCUCGAACUCUACAUGAGCUUCCAACUCUUUGAGGCACAGGUAGAAUUUGGAAGUUUAGCAUGUGACAACCUAAGUGUAUGUGUGGUCCAGCAGAGGGGUCAGCUAAGGUUAGGUGGCCAUAAGGUCCCAGUAGAUCCUGCACCAGAGCUAUGAUUGGUCCAAGCUGGACAAUGCCACUGUGAUGUCAGCCCACACAGGUUAUGAAAUGAAGGCUCCUGAGCCCUGGGCCUCAGUGGAGCUGCAGACAUUGGUCAUGAGUGGUGGUUAUGAUAUCAACCUCUUUGCCAACCCUCCUGACUGCAACUUCUUGUGUUCUGUCUGUCAUGGGGUUCUCAAGAGACCAGUGAGGUUGUCAUGCAGCCACAUCUUCUGCAAAAAGUGCAUCCUCCAUUGGCUAACCAGACAAAAUACCUGUCCAUGCUGUAGAAAAGAGGUGAAAAGGAGAAAGAUGGUCCAUGUGAAUAAACUCCGGAAAACCAUUGGCCACCUGCAUGUCAAGUGCAAGAACGCUGUAGCUGGCUGCUUGGUGACAUGCCCCCUGGCUUAUCGAAAGGAGCACCAGGACUCAUGCCCAUUCGAGUUGACGGACUGCCCCAAUGAGGGCUGCACUGCACAAGUGCUGCGAGGCGUCCUGGCUGAACACUGCCAGUAUUGCCAGCAAGGUGGUCAGCACUGCUGCCCCUCAGGCCGCGGAGCCACUCUGGCUGCCUCAGAGCAUGCACAACACAACUGCUACCAUGAGUUGUGUGACGCCUGGGGCCAGUGUCACGAGCGCAACCGGACCCUGCUGCUGAGCCUGCUGGGGCAUGUGCGCCGGGUUCACCGCACCACCAACUUCAUCCGCAGGCAGCUGGCUCAGCUGGGCAACUUCUUGGAGGAUGAUGCCCUGCUCCUGAGUGCCCACACCCAGGAGGCUGAGGUCACCCCAGAAUCUGAAGUGUGGGAGGCACAGGGCCAACGUGGUCUUAUAGAGGAGUUAAAUAAAGAAGCCCUGACCUGGCCCACUUCACCUCCUCUGCACCUGCUGUCUAUGUGCUGCUUUCCACUUGCUGUUGCCUUUGUCACCCCUGCUUACCUUCCAUAUCUAACACUGACCUUUCUCCUUGGACUGUUCUCAGAUAUUUAAUGACUGGAAUUCCCUGAUUUAUUCAUUUAUCAUGAUCCCCACUCAUGCACUAACCACACCUGCUGAGACACAGAAGCAAGCACUUCCAAAAGGCUUUUUUCUUUUUCCUUUUUAUUUUAUUUUUUCUUU